AUGCCUGCCAUCAAGACCCUCCUCACCACGGCCCUGGCCGCCGGCGCCGCCCUCGCCCAGGAGCGCAUCACCUUCACCUCGGGCGGCACCGAGAUCGUCGGAUACCACUGGGCCCCGUCGGACGUGAGCACCCUCGCGCCGGUCGUCAUCAUCGCCCACGGCCUCGGCGGCCUCCAGACCUCGCGCCUCCAGCCCUACGCCGAGCGCUUCUCGGCCAUCGGCUACCACGCCAUCACCUUCGACUACCGCUACUGGGGCCAGAGCCAAGGCUACCCGCGCAACAUCAUCGACGUCAAGAGCCAGCAGGAGGACUACAGCGCCGCCGCCGACUACGUCGGCAACCUCACCGGCGCCGACCCCUCCCGCGUCGUCCUCUGGGGCACCUCCCUCUCCGGCGGCCACGUCCUCGAGCUCGGCGCCCGCCUGCCCAAGCUCGCCGCCGUCAUCGCCCAGGUGCCGCACGUCAACGGCCUCGCGACCGUCGGCCAGCUCCCGCCGGCCUCCCUCCCGGGCCUGAUCGCCGCCGGGCUCAGCGACUCCGGGCGCGCCCUGACCAACUCCACCCCGCUCUACGUCCCGACCGCCAACCGCACCGGCGAGUUCGGCGCGCUCACCCAGGCCGGCGCCUACGAGGGCUACCAGUUCAUCCAGGCCAACCCGCCGGCGCCCGGCAACGUCUUCCCCGCCCGCUUCGUCCUGCAGCUGCCCACCUUCUCCCCGGACACCACCGCCUACAAGAGCACCCACCCGACCUUCAUCGGCAUCGGCCUGACCGACAACGUCGUCUCGCCCAACGCCACCCUCGCCCUCUCCCGCCGCUUCAAGACCGCCACCGUCCGCAACUACACCCUGGCCGGCCACUUCGACAUCUACCCCACCAAGCCCUACUACGAGCAGAACGUCGCGGACCAGAUCGCUUUCCUGCAGGCCAAUGUCCCCGUCUAG